AGUAGUAUUUUUAUUGUGAAAUUAGGCUUGGUUUUCUGCGUCAUGAUUUCAAGAGAUGAAGUAUGGCUUAUAUUUCAAGCCAAUGUGGAGUGUACAACACUAUGAGCUUUAAAUCUAGAGGCCCAACCGCCGAAGCAAUAGUGCAAUGAAAUUGGGCUGAAAUUUGGGCUUAAUGUAAUACAUCCAAUAAACCAGGUGGGUUGUUGGUCAAAAAACUUUUUACCCAUAAACCAUUUCACAUUAGAGAGAGGACCAACACUUUCGAUCAUUCUCCCCUUUCACCGGCGACGGAAAUUUUAAGCGACGAUCGCCGAUAAUUCCCUCUCCUCUGUGUUGACGGCACCGUACGAUAGCUCGUCCGGCAAGGAGGUAUAGAGUCUCAAUUUGAUGCUAUUAAAACCGUUAUAGCUGGAAUGAAACAAUCGAGGCAUUGAGCACGAAUUUGAAGCCAAACUUCUGCAGUGCAGUGAUAUACUGAAUUCGCGAUUGAUUGUUGCGCUUUGUUCAGUUUGCGAAAAUGGUUUCGUUUGAGAUGAAUGACCGGAAAAAGAUUGGACUGGGUUUGACUGGAUUCGGUUUUUUCUUCACAUUUCUUGGAGUUGUUUUCUUGUUUGACAAAGGCUUACUUGCUAUGGGAAACAUCCUUCUCUUGUCUGGGUUGGCAUUGACCAUUGGACUGAAGUCCACUUUGCAGUUUUUUAUAAAGCCUCAAAAUUAUAAGGGAACAAUUGCGUUUGGUGUUGGCUUCUUCUUGGUUCUGAUAGGAUGGCCAAUAUUUGGAAUGAUAUUGGAAUCUUAUGGAUUUCUUGUACUCUUCAGUGGCUUUUGGCCUACAUUGGCAGUCUUUGCCCAAAGGAUUCCUGUUCUUGGUUGGCUCUUCCAACAGCCAUUUAUCAGAUCGCUGAUUGACCGAUACCGUGGGAAACGCGUGCCUGUUUGAUUCCAAAUCCAGAAAAUGUUUGCAUAUGUAGUCAAAUACUGUUGGAGGAACGUGCAAUCUCUUGAUUCCUCUAAGUGAUGGCAGUGUACAGGUUCUAUAGAUGUUACAAACUAUCUUGUGUGAAUGAAUAUUAAAGUGCCAAAGUUUUUUACUUUCACCCUCGAAUUGCUACUUUGCUAGUCUCUAUUUCCUUGCUCGUGGUUCUCAUUGUAGAAAGUUAUCUUUGUUGUGCUGAAUCUUUCCUAACAAGGAGCUAAUAGUAUAGACUUUUUGAUUUGAAAAUCUUUGUAUUUUUGUAGGAUGAUUGUGCAUAAUUUGCAGUUUUAUAAUUUCAAGUUCUGCAUUUUCAUUUA